AGUCUACAACUGAAAGUUUGAGAAGAAAGAAGUGCAAAAAAAUGUGGAAAAAUUUAUUGUUUUACUUGUCGAUGAUCUUAUUAGCAUCAUUAGCUGAUUCAGCUGAGAUUGGAUGUGAAUGGUUUGGAGAAAGCUGUUCGCCAACUAGCAUAUCGCCGAUAACUCAGCCAAAUGAAGCUAUUAUUGUUAUUGGGAAACCAUCUAAUUAUGUCAAUACUGCAACACGAUAUCUUCACCUUGAUCAUUUAAAUCCAAGUCUUAGUUAUAUCCCAACGAGACUUUUUACCAUUUUUCAAGGUGUAACCACAUUUACCACAAAAAGUUCGUCUUCAAAAUUAACUUUAGUAACAAAUGCAUUUGCUAAUUGUAAUUCCUUAAAUAAAUUGUCUAUUUACGGAAUCGAAACCGUUGAUAAAAAUGCCUUUAAAGGUUUGACAAAUUUAGUUGAACUGAUAAUGAGUUACAAUCAAAUUUCGUGUCUACCUCCUGAAUUAUUUAUGACAGUUCCGAAUAUAAAAUUUAUUUAUUUUUAUGGCAACAGGAUCAGUGCGCUGGACAGCAGUUUAUUCAGAAACCUUCCAAAGCUGAUUGCCAUUAAUUUUAUGGAAAAUUCACUAACGUUUUUGCCAUCACUGGACUUAACAGGAACAGCUCAGUAUGAAAGGCUUAUAAUUUCUGUGUCUGAUAAUCCAAUUCGUGCAUUCAAGCCAGACGUUUGUAAUUUUUUUGACUCUCGGCCAGCAAAUUUUGAUGAUAUAUUGGUCGUAAUUAACAUUAAUUGCUUUAAGUACAAUACUGCAAAGGAACCAGUCAUUCAGAGAUCAAAUUGCCGAACUGCAUUAAUUACAAAAGAUCUUAAAAACUGUUAUGCUAAUUGGACUUCUGCAAUGGACGCGCCUGUUAAAUUAUUCUUUCUGUCAAUGAUCUUAAUAGCAUCAUUAUCUAAUUCAGCUGAGCUAACAUGCGAAUGGAAUGGAGAGACAUGCACCAUAUCCAGCAUCACACCAGUAACUCAACCUAAUGAAGCUAUAACAAUUGCUGGGAAACUUGCAAAUUAUAUAAAUUCUGCUACAAUUGAUUUGAAUUUUUACAAACCAGGACUUAAUUUGAAUUAUUUUCCUACGAAAGUCCUUUAUACCUUUCCAUUUGUUAAUACUUUUGUAAUGUCUAGUGCUUCACCAAAAACAAUUUUAGAGACUAAUUCAAUAGUUAAUUGUAAUUUUAUGAAUAUUUUGCUGUUUGUGGUUAUGAACAUUUCAAAUAUUCCUGAAGGAUUUGCUCAAGCAUGCACGAACAUUAAUAAUCUUCAAUUUUUUAGUGCUGGAAUUGACACAAUCCAUAAAAAUGCAUUUAAAGGAUUAGUUAAUGUGACAACUUUGCUUAUGCAAAAGAACAGGAUAACUUGCUUGCCUCCUGAUUUAUUUCAAACGAUUCCAAAUGUUGAGCUUGUUGAUUUACAACACAACAGGAUUGCGGCAAUUGAUAGUGGACUAUUUAGAAACCUUCCAAAAGUGCGUUAUAUCAAUUUGAACAACAAUUCGAUUUCUGUCUUGCCAACACUUGAUUUUACAAGUUCUUGUAAAGCUCAUCCAUUUAGUGCUUUCGCAAUUAUCCUUUCUGCAAAUCCAAUUUAUGCCAUAAAACCUGACUUUUGUAAUACUUUUAAUGCCAGACUAAAUGAAGUCUAUGAGCAAAUCUUUUAUGUUCCUGAUACUAAGUGCCUUACAGAAGUGUUAUUCCAAUUGGACUUUGUUAAUGAAUUUCCCGGUCCAAUAAGAACCAGAAAACUUCCAAUGACACUUCAUAAAGUCAUUGCAUUGAAAUACAUACAAAAACAGGCAGUUAAGUGCCUUGCUGGUCGAAUAGGUAAGGCGCUUGGCUCAAAUUUGAUAUAUCGACUGCUUAAUGUACGAGAUCAAGCCAUAAUUGGGCAUUUUGGACAACGUUGGAUUAAGGAAACGGAUCAGGAACUUGAAGUGUAG